ACAAAACUUAAGGGAUGUGUAUCUAGACAUUAUUGGAAAGUAUGAAGUCUCAAAUCACCAAUCUGGAAAUGGUGAUAGAAAAUCCAGGUGUGAUUUAUUUAUGGUGAGCACUUUAUGUCAAACUAAAUUCAUUAAACCUUACUCUAUCUUACCUCACAAAAUAAAUCAAGAUCCAUCAAAAACAGUUUAUUUCAUUUUGAUGAAACCAAUUACCAUCCCUCAAAACAUGUACAAUAGUAACGAAACUGAUGUAUCAUUAACAAAACAGAACUUCAUGCUAUACCCUUUGAAUAUAUGCAAGAACAUAUUUUGACAGAAUUCACUGUUUUGACACAACCCCUGGGUCAGUGUAACAAUGUCGUUACCUGAAAUAUGGGGUCAGUGCCAUUAGCAUUAUUGGUCAGUGCUCCAUUACAUAACAGGAUAAAACCUUUAUUGAACCCAGUAUAAACCUGAAUGCAAACAUGAGUCUUUGACUAAAAAGAUACACAGUACAGAAGUGUUUAUUUUUCAUUGCCUUGAAGCAUUAUUUUUGUUACAUUAUCAGGAUCGUGUUAAAACCUAAACAUCUAUCUUGCACAGAAAUGUUUAUUUUGCAUUGCCUGGAUGUCUGAUUUGUG